GCUGCAUGCAUGGGUGACCUCGCUCCUCGACACACAGACAGAAGAAUCAUUUCAAACCGAAAAUGGCAACAGCAGCAGCAAUGAACGGACACUACAGCAGGGCACCCAAGCUCUUCGGCAGGGAAAGAACACUCCACGCUGCCCUCGGUGGACGCAGAGCCGCGGACAUCAUCCUGUGGAGGGACAGGAAGGCGUCGGCGUCCAUCCUCGCGGCGGCGACGGCGGCGUGGGGCCUGUUCGAGGUGGCGGAGUACCAUUUCCUGACGGUGGUGUGCUACGUCGCCAUGAUCGGCAUGCUCGUCUUCUUCAUAUGGACCAACGCUUCUACCUUGUUCAACCUGCCGGUUCCCAGAAUCCCUGAUACUCUGGUGUCGGAGAGGGCGAGCAGGCACGCGGUCCACGACGUGCAUCGCAGGCUGACCAGGUUGGUGGAGACGCUCCACGACAUCGCUUGCGGCAAGGACAUCAAGAUGUUCAUCCUGACGGUGCUGUCGCUGUACAUGGCGUCGGUGAUCGCGGACUGCUUCAGCUCCCUGACGCUGCUCUACCUCGUGGUGCUGGGCACGAUGACGGUGCCUGCGCUGUACGAGCGGUACGAGAGCGAGGUGGACCACCUGGUGGCCAGAGGCGUGCACGACCUGCGGACCCACUUCGCGGACAUGGACUCGGGCGUUCUCAGGAAGAUCCCGAGAGGCACAGGAGCUGCAGCACCCAAGUGAUCACCCCCCAAACAAGAGAUCACGACUGUCUGACUGACUGCCUCGUAGCGUAAAUAUGGUGGUGUACAAUACUAUACUAUAGCACAUGUAGAAGUGGAUUAAGAACGCAUGUCGCUGGUUUUCCCACUGAAAGGUCCCAAAAGAAUAUUAAGGUCACAAUAAUUCAGCUGCACUCAAAAGCAGCUGACUGCAGGUUCAUCGAUCGGAACAACAUGGCCCUGGAAGCUGAUGCUUAUUACGAG